AUGCUCACUCCCUGGCCAUCGCCUUCACGCAAUUGUUCCGUUGGGAGCUCUCAAUCACUACCGUCGCCCGCGCUAACUCCCUUCCCGUCGUCCACGCUCACUCCCAUUCCAUCGCCCUCGCGCAUUCGUUGCGUUGCCCACUCUCAAUCCCUACCAUCGCCCGUGUUACUCCCUUCCUGUCGCCCACGCUCACUCCCUACCCAUCGCAUUCGCGCAAUCGUACCGUCGCCCACGAUCAAUCACUUCCGUCACUCACGCUCACUCCAACCCAUCGCCCAGGCUCACUCCCAUUCCAUCACCUUCGCGCGAUCCUUCCGGCGCACACGCUCACCCUCGUUUCAUCGCACACCGUCUAUUCCCUCCUGUCGCACACUGCCUCCCGCAUCUCUGCCUCACCCCAUCUCCUCCUCCCCGCAGCUUUGUAUUCGCGAGCACUCCCUCUCGUCGUGCGCGAAUGCGUCCCGUCCACCGCCCACGCUCUCUCCCUCUCACCGUGUUCUCUCACUCCCCACCUGUCGCGAUGGUCCCCUCCGUCGCACACGCUCACUCCCCUUGAGGGGUGACCAUCACUCCUCUUCGCUCCGCCACGCGAUUCCCUCACGUCGCCCACGCUCUCCCCUCCCCGCCACGCACGCUCUCCCCCCAUCCGUCGCCCACGCUCACGACCCGUACUCCGCACAGGCUCAGUUCCCUCCGUCGCCCACGCGAAUCCCCCUGCCCCUCGCCUUCUCUCAUUCCCCUCCGUCGCCUAUGCUCCCUCCCCAUCCCAUCCCUCCCCAUCCCUCAUCUCCCCAUCCCCACCUCCCCAUCUGUUCCCUCUCCAUCCCUCACCUCCCCAUCCCUCACCCCAUCUCCUCCUCACCCUAUCUCCUCCUCACCCCAUCUCCUCCUCACCCCAUCUCUUCCUCACCCCAUCUCCUCCUCACCCCAUCUCCUCCUCACCCCGUCUCCUCCUCACCCCAUCUCCUCCUCACCUCAUCUCCUCCUCACCCCGUCUCCUCCUCACCCAAUCUCCUCCUCACUCCAUCUCCUCCUCACUCCGUCUCCUCCUCACCCCAUCUCUUCCUCACCUCAUCUCCUCCUCGCCUCGUUUCCUCCUCACCCCAUCACCUCCUCACCCCAUUUCCUCCCCACCCCAUCUCUUCCUCACCCCAUCUCCUCCUCACCCCAUAUCCUCCUCACCCCAUCUCCUCCUCACCCCAUCACCUCCUCACCCCAUUUCCUCCCCACCCCAUUUCCUUCUCACCCCAUUUCCUUCUUACCCCAUAUCCUCCUCACCCCAUCUCCUCCUCACCCCGUCUCCUCCUCACUCCAUCUCCUCCUCUCCCCGUCUCCUCCUCACCCCAUCUCCUCCUCACCCCAUAUCCUCCUCACCAUAUCUCCUCCUCACCCCAUCACCUCCUCACUCCAUUUCCUCCCCACCCCAUCUCCUCCUCGCCCCAUUUCCUCCUCACCCCAUAUCCUCCUCACCCCGUCUCCUCCUCACCCCAUCUCCUCCUCACCCCAUCUCCUCCUCACCCCGUCUCCUCCUCACCUCAUCUCCUCCUCACCCCCUCUGUCGGCUCGCACUCCGGCUGUUGCUGUGGCGAGCGAGUGUGGCUGCAGACGGGGGUCACAAGGUGGCUGUGCAACGAACCAAGCUCAAGACAUCAGUUCGCGGUGUCAAACAUUGUAUAUGUUACUGUUCUGUAG